ACUCCAAAUUGAUUAACAUAUAAAAAAAAUAGAACGUAAUUCAACGGUUCGGGGAAAAGUUUGUUUUUAUUAAUUUCAUUAGUCCGGUGAACGUUACAGACGAAAUCCAUUGCAUUUGCCGGGCAGUAAAAUUCCGACAUGAUCAUCUUCGAUUCGAACACGAAUUUUUUUUUACUGUUUCACCUCGGGUAGUUUUUUUUAUAAUCUCCUGAGCUGCCGCUUCCACUUCCCCAUUAGACAAAAGUUAAAGAGCAAAGAACAAACAAACAGAAGGGAAGCUCCGUCCGUUUUAUACGUAAAUGAAAUUGUCAAGAGACUCAAGACCACGUCACGUGCGGCGGCGGUGCGUGCGUGCCACAUCCCCGGCGGUUAGUUGGCUGGCCAUUGUGGCAAAACUACGAGCUGCCGCCGCAGGUGAAUGGGAACUCGCCACGUAGCUGGGAUGAGGAAAACGCGAUCGGCGCUUGUUCUUUGGGUCCACAUGGGCCGGACCCGUACGCGUGCCCAGCUCGAGUGGGUAUGGGAUCGUGUGGGGUACCCGGAGUGGGCCAUUCACAGUUGGGCCUGGGAAUGGAAGGGGGAUGGGGUGGAUUUGGUCCUCCUCUGGAUCAUAGUGGACUUCCCACUUCUGCAACUUUUUUAUUUGGUCUUUUUUUUAAUCAUUUGCAUAGGUUUAGGGAUGACAAUCAAAACUCAUAAUUAUGCGUGUUUAAUCACUACUGACCUAAUUAACAUAGUAAAUUUCCGUUUUGAAUGGGUAUGAAGCUAGUAUGGCUAAAACUUGUAAAAACUAUAAAGUUUUGAAGAGAAUGGGGAGGGUAUGAUUUUUUACUCUUGGGCCGCAUAUACCCAUAUCCACCACACGAAAAGAAAUUUUUUUCAUGUAUGGGGCCGAAAGCACUGAACCUGGCCCUCGAAAUAUUGGGUAUGUAGCCCAACUUUGAGGUGCAUACUACUCUAGAAGAGCCUUAUGACGCCUUCAGAAAUUAAGCCCGGACAAAGAACUGCUUUGUUUAGUUGCUUUUGUAAUAAUAUGUGUUAUAACUAAUUACCAUCAUUAACUCAAUAAUAGUAAUCACACCUUAAAUAUGUUUAACGAUCCAAAUUGCGUACGUGACUAUAUGAGUAAGUAGAGCAGAAAGUUUGAUAUCGGUAUUUGGGAUAUGGCGAAUGUCGUACCGAAUUUGUCUAUAUUUGGUAUUACCGAAUACACGUAUUAUUCCGUGAGAUUGGGAUUGAAUUUUAAUUGUAAUUAGAUAUUCUAUAUUUCUGUAUUUGAUAUUUGUAUAUCGAUACUGUACCCAUUUCCACCCUGAAAACAGGGAGAAGGAGAAAAAAAAAACUCCUUGGCCUAAAACAAAUCAUGGUCUUCGCAAACGCACAAAGAAAAUUACACAGCAUGCAAACAUCAUUUCACCCACAAAGGAAAAACUAUAGCUAGGAAACAUGUCUCCUAACAAAUAUAUCUCCAAAACGGUCCAUGCACGUUCUUUUUCCCCUCCUCCUCCACCAAAUCACCAUCACACCACCCUACCUAUAUAUAUAUAUAACCACCCACUCCCUCCCUCCCUCCACCAACUCAACUCACUCUCCAAAACCGGCACCACAAUGGCCAAAGAGAUGGACAACAACAACAACAACAAUGGCUACACUUACUCCAUCACCGACCAAGACAUCUCCAAACAAGACCCCGUCGUCCUCUUCUCCCCAAACCACACGUUCGAGACCAUAUUCCUCUCCAACAUCGACCAAGCCGUCAGCUUCCCCGUAGAGACCCUCUUCUUCUUCCGUGGCGGCGGCCGAAACGACGACGACGACGACAUUGCCGCGACGGUGAGAAGAGCUGUUGAGGAGGAUCUGCUGGUGCCUUACUACUUCAUGGCAGGGAGGCUUCAGUUCAACGAGGAGAGCAGCCGGCUGGAGCUGGUUUGCAACAACGCCGGCGCGGUCUUUGUUGAAGCCACUUCGCGGCUGGCGAUGGAGGAGCUCGGAGACGUCUCGUUGCCGAAUCCGUGUUUUCGGCGGCUUAUCCAUCGGCCGGGGCUGUAUAAGAGUCUUGCGGACACUCCUCUCAUGACCAUCCAGGUCACAAAAUUUGUAUGCGGAGGUUACUCGAUCGGAUUUGUGACGAACCACGGUACCCUCGACGGGAAAUCGGCGGGCCAAAUGUUCGAGUCCCUUGCUUCCAUCUGUCGAGGCGAGGGGCUCAAACCAAAUUUUGCGGUCCACAACGACCGGACCUCGUUACGAGCUCGAACCCCGCCCCGAAUCCAGUACCCGCACCACGAGUACGUCACGCUACGCGACUUCUCCUCUUCCUUCACCGCGCUGCAGCACCUGCACCCGUCGCCCUUAAUCUUCUCCAAAAAUUACGUCCACAAGCUCUUCUCUUUCAGCUACAACGACAUCUCCACGCUCAAGGAAAAAGCCAAUAUUUACGGCAGAGCCACUAACACUAAAACGACGUCGUUUGAGGCGGUGGUGGCGCACGUGUGGAGAUCCCGCACAAGGGCCGUGUUCGCUGACUUUGACCAGCCGUCGACGGUGCUGUUCGCGGUGGACGUGAGGUCGCUGGUCACGCCGGCGCUUCCCGAAGGGUUCGUGGGUAACGCCGUGAUAACGGCGUUUGCGACGGCGAGGGCCGGGGACCUGGUGGCGGAGCCCGUGGGGUACGCGGUGGGGAAGAUGAAGGAAGGGAGGGAGAGGGUGACGGAUGAUUACGUCAGGUCGGUGAUCGACUGGCUCGAGGUCCACCGCGGCGGUGUUCCGGCCACGCGCGGCGGGAACUUCUACGUGUCGGCGUGGUGGAAGCUGCCGUUCAAUGAGCUGGAUUUUGGGUCCGGGAAGCCGGUCCACGGCGGGCCGGUGGUGAGCGGGAACGAUGAGUUCGUGCUGCUGCUCGCCGACCGGCGGAGGGGCGGCGGCGGCGGAGGAGGAGGAGUGAGUGUGUGGUUGGGGCUGGAGGAAGAGAAGAUGGAUAAGUUCAUGGGUUAUGUGCUGGAUUUGUAGUUCGUGAUGGUAAUUAGAUUGAUAAGUUAACUAGGUUGAUCAUGGUAACCAUGGAAGGCUUUGUUAAUCACCUGAAACUGAAACUAAUGUGAUUAAUUACCACAAUGAAUUUUAAUGUCAUAUGGAAAACUUGACCUCAUACAGUAAAUUCUGCCUAGACAACGUCACUAUCUGUGUUUGUGUGCAAAGACGAGUCAUAAAAGCGGUUGAAUGCGUUAACUCUCGUUAGAAAAUAUAUAAGAAGCUCUCAUUUAUUAACUUAAAAAUAUAAUAAUUUGUUCGUAAUGUUUGUCAAAUGAUACAUCUAUCAAGUCGUUUUCUCUGAGAAUAAUUCAAAAAAUGAUAUAUUUAAAUGAGUUCAAACAAUAACAGCAGGUUGUAGUUACGAUUUAGAUCAGACCAUACAACGAAAUUAAUAAGGAACAAGUUUGAAG